AGGAGGAUAAACGGAGAGUAAUGGCCUACGUAAAUGCAUAACCUCUUUCCAAAUGAGAAGGUUUCAGCACCACGGACAGCUCCGGCGAGGCCUGGCUGUAGCGUGUCGCUGUCCACGGUGCUGAAACCGAAUCCAAACGAAGGAGGGAGUUUCUAAACGCGGCGCUGCCUCUGAACUUCAAAAAACUGACAUUUUCCUCCCACCUGAUUCUCCAUCAGCACUAAACCGACUUCUCUUUCAUCUCCCCAGGACCUCGACUUGACUCCAUUUCCGCUGCUGAUACAACAUACACGGCGUGUUGUCUCAUCACAUGCCGAGGUGUCGCCACCCACUCGCCCAACGACGGUCUCUCUGUCUCGGUGCGUGUGCGCGACGCCGUCCCCAUGUGAAGGGGGUGGGUUUUCAAAGUUGCGCCUCGCGUUCGCGCCGCGGCCGUGCGUUCGCUUGUCCGAUCUCACUCCGAAGAAAAAAGAUCAUCGCGUGUGUGUGUAUGCGCGCGCGCGCACUUAACGCUGCAUUGCCACGGCGCAUUAAACGCUUGGUGCGAGCUGGUUACGAACACAUAAGCACGACUCUUCAAAUGUUAAAUACGCCAUAAUGUGCGGCAGUUUUUUUUUUUUGUUUUUUUUUAAUUUUUCGUCCAAAUUGUGUGGGCUGUGUCGUGUGGAGAUGGCAAACGCGCAAAGAGGAUCCUUUGUGUGGUCUUAAAUUUAGAUGAGUUCAUCUGGAUUUAACGCGUGAUUUCACGGCAGAACACAAACUAAAAUAGAGGAAUGUGUCUCCAAAAUAAGCAGCAGCAUGCCCCCAACGACUCUCUCUCUCCCUCACUCCCCCUCUCCCUCUCCCUCUCUCUCUCUCCCUCCCUCUCUCCCUCACACUCUUUCGUUCAGACUUCACCCACUGGAAGAGAUUUUUGACGCGCCACAGACAAAUUAACACGGAGCGUGGGAAUGACUAGAGAAGAUCCACCUUUCUUUUUUUGUUUUCCUUUUCUUUUCUUUUUUUGUUAGUCUGAAAACAUUUCAAGACAUUUAACAGAUCCUUUGGCUGAAGCUUUUCGGGAGAUAUUUUGGCCGGGGCUUGACAGAUGCGCCACUCGCCGUCGCGGAUCCCACCGGGAGGAGGUCUGGACGCACGAUGAAGUGAAGACCGUACUCUCACUGAAAUCUUUCUGUGUGUGUGUUUUAGUCUGCCGGGGAGGAAAAUUUAACUGUUGCAGUUGAAAACAGGCACGCCUUUUUCUUUUCUUUUUGGAUGCAGCGUCUGGGAAUAUCAAGUUGAGCCCCGGAAUUGUUGAGGGGUAUGCUCUGAGAAGAUGUCAAAUAUUUUGUGGGAACGUGGGAGAUGUCGCUGAAGAAGGCUGGUGCUGACUAUUUUUCUCCUGCUCCGUAGGAUUCUUUUCAUUUUUUUCCCUUCCCAGUGUGCUCAGUCAACGUGACCAUGCUCAAAAAAAGUGUUCCCAAAUUCCUUUGCGCAUACGGCUUAAAGUGGAACUCAAAAUAUUGAUUUUUCUCUUUUGGUUUUUUAAAAUUUCUGGUUCAAAUUUCUCUUAGGAGGUUUGUGAUAAUAAAAGUUGGCAUUUUAAAAAAAAAAUCACAAUGAGAAUUACCCUUUGAUUUCCCUCUCGGCUCUCUGGAGAUGUGAGUCCAGUGGAGAUCAGUGCGCACCGCACAGAGUCACCAAGGAUUUUAACGCACAUCCCAGUAUUUUUUCUCUCGUCUGGGGGGGACCGGGCUUUGCGCCGCAGCACCGCAGCGACGUUCUCGCCUUUUUUUCCUCGCCGUGAUGCCUCCGUGUGCGCCGAUUCCGUAAAUGGGAAGUGGAUACUGAUUCUCCAUGGUGUUCGCCGGCCAGGUGCAGCGCGGAAGGCGAAACCUCGGCUGUUUCGUUCAGUGAAUCCUGAACACACCUUUUUUAAUGUCCGUCAAGACCUCAGCUGGGUUGCCAUGACGAGCGAGGAGUGUCCUGUGCCGCUGGGGAGCCUUUCCCCGGCAGGGCCAGGGCAGAGCGAGGACUACGGCUCGGCACAGGCUGAUGACAUCAUCGAGGAGGUGGGUCCGGGGGAUGACGUCAGUCUCGGCAGCGACCUGAGCACCCUGGUGGUGCCCUUCCCGGAGCUGGCGCCCGUGGUCUUCUUCUGCCUCAAGCAGACCACCUGUCCUCGCAACUGGUGCAUCCGUAUGGUCUCCAGCCCGUGGUUCGAGAGGAUUAGCAUCAUGGUGAUCCUGCUCAACUGCGUGACGCUGGGCAUGUACCAACCCUGUGAGAACAUCGACUGCACCUCGGACCGCUGCCAGAUACUGCAGGCCUUCGACGCAUUCAUCUACAUCUUCUUUGCACUGGAGAUGGUGGUAAAGAUGGUGGCACUUGGGAUCUUUGGCCGUCGCUGUUACCUGGGAGACACGUGGAACAGGCUGGACUUCUUCAUCGUCAUGGCUGGGAUGGUAGAGUACUCACUGGACCUGCAGAACAUCAACCUGUCAGCCAUACGGACGGUGCGGGUCCUUCGGCCACUCAAAGCCAUCAACAGAGUGCCAAGUAUGCGUAUCCUGGUCAACCUGCUGCUCGACACUCUGCCCAUGCUGGGAAACGUGCUGCUGCUCUGCUUCUUCGUCUUCUUCAUCUUCGGCAUCAUCGGGGUGCAGCUGUGGGCGGGGCUCCUGAGGAACCGAUGCUACCCGGAGGAGAACUUCACCCUCUCUUCGGGCAUGGCCCUGCCGGCGCCGUACUACCGGCCGGAGGAAGACGACGAGCGGCCCUUCAUCUGCUCCCUGGGGUCCGACAACGGCAUCAUGUCGUGCACCGACGUCCCGGCGAGGCGGGAGGGGGGGCGCACCUGCUGCCUGGACAAGGAGGACGCCCUGCACAGGCAGGCUCUGGGCCUGAGCCCCGAGCCCCUGGCCAACGGCAGCGGCGCCGGCGAAGCCAUAGGCCUGUGCAUAAACUGGAACCAGUAUUACACCCGGUGCCACACUGGGAGCAGUAACCCCCAUAAAGGUGCCAUCAACUUUGACAACAUCGUCUACGCCUGGAUCGUAAUAUUUCAGGUGAUCACUCUGGAGGGCUGGGUUGAGAUCAUGUAUUACGUAAUGGACGCCCACUCCUUCUACAACUUCAUCUACUUCAUCUUACUCAUCAUUAUCGGCUCAUUCUUCAUGAUCAACCUGUGCCUGGUGGUUAUCGCCACCCAGUUCUCCGAGACCAAACAGCGGGAGCACCAGUUGAUGCAGGAGCAGAGGGCUCAGUGCCUGUCCUCCUCCACCCUGGCCAGCAUGGCCGAGCCCGGGGACUGCUACGAGGAGAUCUUCCAGCUGGUCUGCCAUGUCCUCCGCAAGGCCAAGAGGAGGUCGGCGGCCCUCUACUACACGCUGAGGGGCAAGCCGCCGCCGGCUGGCGGAGGCAGGGGCAACAGGCGCGGCGGAGGGAACGUCAACGGAGAGCGGGCGCACUCCAGGCAUCCGAGAUCGUCCCACUGUCCACACCAAAGCAAGCAGGACCACAGCUCCCAGACGGUGUCCAACUCCAUCAGCCUGUCUGUCCCCCAAAACCCGGAGGACUGCCCCGUGUGCGCCCUGUCGCUGAAGGAGGGGGAGAGGGCGGCGGGGGGCGACGGCAGCGGCGACGAGAACGAGGAGGACGCCGUGAACGAGGCGGGCAAAGAGGAGAACCACCUGGAGGAGAGGGGGGACGGGGAGAGGAAGAGGAGGAGGACGUGCUUCGGCCGUUGCAGGGACCUUUGGAACGACAUGAGGAGGAAACUCUGGGGCAUCGUGGAGAGCAAGUACUUCAGCCGCGGCAUCAUGAUCGCCAUUCUCAUCAACACCAUCAGCAUGGGCAUCGAGCAUCACAACCAGCCGGACGAGCUGACCAAUGUCCUGGAGAUCUGUAACAUUGUCUUCACCAGCAUGUUCACCCUGGAGAUGAUCCUUAAACUGACCGCUUUUGGCUUCUUCGAGUACUUGAGGAACCCGUACAACAUCUUCGACGGCAUCAUCGUCAUCAUAAGUGUGUGUGAGAUCAUCGGGCAGGCGGACGGCGGUCUGUCGGUGCUGAGGACUUUCAGGCUGCUGAGGGUCAUUAAGCUGGUGAGGUUCAUGCCUGCGCUGAGGCGACAGCUGGUGGUGCUGAUGAAGACCAUGGACAACGUGGCCACCUUCUGCAUGCUCCUCAUGCUCUUCAUCUUCAUCUUCAGUAUCCUGGGAAUGCAUAUAUUUGGCUGUAAGUUCAGUUUGAAAACCGAGGCCGGGGACACGGUGCCCGACAGGAAGAACUUUGACUCCUUGCUCUGGGCCAUCGUCACUGUCUUUCAGAUUCUGACUCAGGAGGACUGGAACAUGGUGUUGUACAACGGCAUGGCGUCCACCUCUCCCUGUGCCGCACUCUACUUCGUCGCUCUCAUGACUUUCGGAAACUACGUGCUCUUCAAUUUACUAGUUGCCAUCUUGGUUGAGGGUUUCCAAGCCGAGGGCGAUGCAAACCGCUCCUACUCGGAUGAUGACAGGUCUUCCUGUAACUUUGACGAGAAUGAUAAGCAGAAAGACUCUCUGCACCUCUCAGACCCAAAGAUCUGCACCCUGACACCUAACGGACACCUGGACCUUCCGCCGCUGUCCGCCGGUCUGUUUCCUGGAGAGAGGUUGACCUUUACUCUCGGCUCCAGGAAGAAUAGUGUCAUUUCUCUUGGCAGGGCUAACCUGGAGCAGAGGGCUGUGUAUCCCGGUCGGGCUUACCACAACUGGGGGCGUCCGCUGCCCCCCCAGGCUCACGCCCUGUGGGCCCGCCGGUCCAGCUGGAACAACCUGGGAGGAAACCGGCCCUGCUCCUCCUCCUCCCCCUCCACGAGCCCAGCCUUCACCCCCACCUCCGCGAGGCCGUUCUACGGCUACGACCUGGGGGGCCUGGGAGGAGUGGUCGGCGGGAGCCUCCGCAUCCGGGGCCCGCGCGCCUCCUCGUCCCCCCACCGCCACCACCACCUCCACCGCGUCCAGCCGGACGAGGAGGAGUCUCUGCUCUCGCCGCCCGCCGUCGCUCCUCACUCCCUUCACCUCCCUCACCCCAUGAUCCCGGGGUAUUUCGCGGCCAGGAGGGACCGCAGAGCUCUGUCCCUGGAGCUGCCCCACGUUCAGCAGGUCCCGGGAAUCCCGCACCCUCCGCCGCCGCCGCACCAUCCCGUGCCCCCCAUGUCGCUCCAUUCUCACCACAGAGGCGUGGUGAUCAGUGGAGGGGGAGACCUGGGAGGGGUUCACCAAGACUGUAACGGGAAGACUCCGCUGUCGCAGCUCCUGCAGCCCCUCCCUAGACGGCCGACCGAGCAGACGGGUGGGACAAACCCCCACAGCCACCUGAUGGCCGAUGUCUUCCCCCAGGUCAACACGCGCAGCAAAGACCGGGAGGAUCUGGACGAUGACAUUGAAUACAGCUUGUGUUUCCGCAUCCAGAAGAUGCUGGAGGCCUACAGACCAGACUGGUGCGAGACCAGAGAAGACUGGUCGGUCUUCCUUUUCUCCCCGCAGAACAAAUUCCGACAGAUGUGCCAGUCCAUCAUAGCCCAUAAGCUCUUUGACUACGUGGUGUUGGCGUUUAUAUUCUCCAACUGCAUCACCGUGGCUCUGGAGAGGCCCAAGAUCCUGCAGGGCAGCUUGGAGCGAGUCUUUCUCACCAUCUCCAACUACAUCUUCACUGCCAUCUUUGUGGGCGAGAUGACGCUGAAGGUGGUUUCCAUGGGCUUGUAUAUGGGCGAGCAGGCUUAUCUGCGGAGCAGCUGGAACAUCCUGGAUGGCUUCCUGGUUUUCGUGUCUUUGAUUGACAUCGUCGUGUCCAUGGCGGGAGGGGCCAAGAUCCUGGGAGUGCUCCGAGUACUCAGGCUGCUGAGAACACUCCGUCCUCUCAGGGUGAUCAGCAGAGCUCCAGGUCUGAAGCUGGUGGUGGAGACUCUAAUCACUUCCCUCAAACCCAUCGGCAACAUCGUCCUCAUCUGCUGCGCGUUCUUCAUCAUCUUCGGCAUCCUCGGGGUCCAGCUGUUCAAAGGGAAAUUCUUCUACUGCUUCGGCCCCGAUGUCAAAAACAUCACCAACAAGUCCGACUGUCUGCAAGCCAACUACAAGUGGGUCCACCAUAAGUACAACUUUGACAACCUGGGACAGGCUCUGAUGUCCCUGUUUGUACUCGCCUCCAAGGAUGGAUGGGUUAACAUUAUGUAUCACGGCCUGGAUGCCGUGGGUGUAGACCAACAGCCGGUCACUAACAACAACCCGUGGAUGCUGCUGUACUUCAUCUCCUUCCUCCUCAUCGUCAGCUUCUUCGUGCUCAACAUGUUCGUCGGCGUGGUGGUGGAGAACUUCCACAAGUGCCGCCAGCACCAGGAGGUGGAGGAGGCCAAGAGGCGCGAGGAGAAGCGUCAGCGGCGCAUGGAGAAGAAGAGGAGGAAAGCCCACAAGCUGCCCUACUACGCCAGCUACGGCCACGUCCGCCUGAUGAUCCACACACUGUGCACAAACCACUACCUGGACCUCAUCAUCACCUUCAUAAUCUGCAUCAACGUCAUCACCAUGUCCUUAGAGCACUACAAUCAACCUCACUCCCUGGAUCUCGCCCUGAAGUACUGCAACUAUUUCUUCACCUCCACUUUUGUGCUGGAAGCGGUGCUCAAACUCAUCGCCUUCGGGGUCCGUCGCUUCUUCAAAGACAGAUGGAACCAGUUGGAUCUGGCCAUCGUGCUCCUGUCGGUGAUGGGCAUCAUCCUGGAAGAGAUCGAGAUCAGCGCCGCCCUGCCCAUCAACCCCACCAUCAUCCGGAUCAUGAGAGUGCUGAGGAUCGCCCGAGUGCUGAAGCUGCUGAAGAUGGCUACGGGAAUGAGAGCCCUGUUGGACACGGUGGUCCAAGCCCUGCCUCAGGUGGGUAACCUGGGCCUGCUCUUCAUGCUACUGUUUUUCAUCUACGCCGCCUUAGGAGUGGAGCUGUUUGGAGAACUUGUUUGCAAUGAAGACUACCCAUGUGAGGGUAUGAGUCGUCACGCUACCUUUGAGAACUUUGGCAUGGCCUUCCUUACCUUGUUUCAAGUCUCCACGGGCGACAACUGGAAUGGCAUCAUGAAGGACACAUUGCGGGAGUGCCCGCCAGAUCACGGCACAGACGUGGACUACGCCUGCAAUCCGAGCCUUCAGUUUAUCUCGCCCAUGUACUUUGUCUCCUUUGUGCUCACCGCCCAGUUUGUGCUCAUCAACGUGGUGGUGGCCGUGCUGAUGAAGCACCUGGACGACUCCAACAAGGAGGCCCAAGAGGAGGCGGAGAUGGAUGCAGAAAUUGAGCUGGAGAUGGCCCAGGGCACCCUCUGUUGCAUGGGCGCCCCCAGUUUUGGAAGUGGGGUGCCGGACAAAGGGCUGGCUGCCGCCGCCGCAGCCGGAUCGGGACUCGGAGGCGCAGCGGGGAUCAAGGACGGAGGAGGCGCCCGGGGAGAGAGGGGUGAAGGAGGGAGGAGGAUGCAGCAGGAGGCGCAUCGGACGUACAACGCCCACGACUCCAACCAGAGCCUGUACUCGCCAGCACAAGAGAGCCAGUGGUUGGACAGCGUAUCUCUCCUCAUCAAGGAUACGUUGGAGGGGGAGAUGCUGAUGAUCGACAACCUCUCCGGUUCGGUCUUCCACCACUACUCCUCUCCUCCGCCCGUCUGCAAAGACUGCAAGGGCCACCCGCAAGAGCAGAUCAGGAUGGCAGAGAUCGAGCAGGCGUCGCUAAAAUCGGAGCAACUCUCAGACAAGUCAUCCUCCCCUGCUCUGCCCGACGACCUCAGCCUGGAUGAACAUGCUGCCUAUCAGCUGCUGCCGCAAGAGGCCAAGGGACGAUGCCAUAGUGACUCCCACAGCUCGGAGGAGGCCGGCGUUAGCGGUAGCCACGAAGGAAGUCACCAGACCGUGGUGCAGAGCCAGGUGCAGGGGUCGGGCCAACCGUGCAGGGCCCUCAGCGUUGGCAUCGAGAUGGAGACCCAGCUACAGGAGAUGGAAAUGCAAAUACACCAGACGCACAUGUGCUCGCCCGGCUGCAGCCCCGAUAAAUAUGCAGCGGCAGCCAUUCCCGUACCUCCCCGUAGCAGGAGCCUGCGCUUGGCAAGGGGCCUAAGGCUGACCUCGCCGGCCUCCUGGGCCUCAUUCCGCUCCCCUAGAGCCCACAGAAAGAUGCUCUGCACACAGUACCCUUCCCACAGUGACUCAUCCCUUGCCACAGGCAGCUCAGAGGGCAGCCUUCAGACCACCCUGGAAGAAGGACUCAGCUUCAGUGUCUCUCCGCCACAGAACUUGGAGUUGCCAUUGCCGUCGGCCACCUUACCGGUCACGUGCCCCCUCCCGCUGCCCGCACACGACACCGCCAUUUCUUCCCCGGUGCAAACCCUCAGACCGAGGCCCACGCCGUCCUCAGCUUUAACCCUCCUGGCCACCAGGGGUCACCAGCGGAGCCAGAGCAGCGGGCGAGGCAGCACCAGUCCGGGCUACACCCGGGACGACUCCAUCGACCCUUCGGACGAGGACCUGGGGAUCGGCAUCGGGUCGUCCAUCGGCGGCUGCGGCUCCAGCCAAGCGGGCAACAGUGAACACUUGUCGGAGGCGCUGAGCAGCUUGUCCCUGACGUCGCUGCUGUCCCCCAGCUCCCUGGUGUAUCCGGGAGGGGCGGUGAAGAAGUGCAACAGCACGGGAAGCCUGGACCAAGGUGGGAUGCUGUUGUCUUCCCGGGGCAGGGAAGGGCGCAGGGAGAUUCUGGGCCUGGAGCUCAUGGACCCACAGGGUUUCUUAGCCAACCCCUGGACGGGGGUACUGGUUGAUACGAGACGAGGAGAGGGACGAGGGCAAAUGGGGGACAGGGAGCAAGGGUUGAAAGGGAAGAGCUCAAGCCAAACAGCAGUAGGGCCUUGUCGGAAAAACAGAUGAAACCUACUGUUCACUCUUUCUUUGUCUCUGCAUCCCUUGGAUCUAAACCCAUUGCUGUUCCUCUCACUCUCUCUGCUUCAUCAGUGAGAGGGAGGUUUGAUGACACACGAUGUCUUGUGUUCCAAAAACCAAACCCUCAUCUUGCCCCCACAAAUCCCCCUUCUGUUCAUUUGUGACAAGCCCGUGUCCUAUUUUGUGCUACUACCCACAGAGGAGUGGUCCUGGUUAGGAGGUGGCCUGCAGAGUUGAGGCCCAAGGGCUGGAGACCGGCCCUUGCACCCUCCGGAGGAGGCCUUGGAAAGUUCUGAUCAGACUGGAGAGCCACGAGGGGGGGUCCGUUCAUAUCAGGGAGUCAACAGGAGCAGAUACAAAAAAGAGCUUAAACGCAAAGACACAACAAGGAGUCGGGGAUGUUGCUCUACUGUAGUUUCCUUUCCUCUGUGACGGCUCAGGUUCACAGAUGUUGAAAAUGCAAAAAUAGAAGCACCCAAAUCUGAAAUAGCUACCCAUGCCAACAGAGACCGUUUUUGUUUUGUUCACGUCUUGGAGGCAGUGCAGCAAAAGUAAGCGGGCGGAGGCUUUGUGACGGCGGUGGAAUAGCCCAUCGAGGCAGGAAGGAAGGAGGCCGUGAAAGGAGAAGGGCGGUUGUUCGUUUGGCUGGAAAGGCAGAGAGCGGAUCUAAUGUCCAUCUGUUCUGGCAGACGGAAACAACAGGUCCUACUCGCUCCGGCACCGGACCUUCUGCUGAGAUCAGAGUCGCAUGCGAGAUACGGGGAGGGGGCGGUGAAGGAAUGUGUGUGUUUGAGUGUGAGAAGGCACUGCCUCGGGUGUCCAAGGCAUGAAUUAAAUCAUUCUCAUCGCUGCACCAUACCUCUGCGUUCUUAAAAACACGAGCUGGGUAUUGACUGAGUUGAGGCUUUGUGCCGUUUUUUUUUUUUUUUCAAAGGUGACGGAAAAUUAAAAGAAGGUAUAACUGUACGAGGAGCGAUACGUGAAAUUGGUUGUUUUUCUUUCUAUCUCCAGAAUCUCUCACUCACUAAAUGAGUAUUAGAAGAGAGCACGGUUGGAUGGAGCUUUUACAAAAUCCAAUCAGAAGGAUGUUGCAUGGAGGCAGCUUUGUGUGCUCCCCAAACAAGGUUCACGGCUACUUUGAAAAAAAUAAAAUAAAAUAAAGAAAAGAAACUUCAAGCACACUCCUCCUUUUGACACCACUUCCUCUCACCCACCGUGGUUAAGGAUUCAAGAUGACGGGACAAAGGGACCUUUGGAUGCAUGAUGGGAUUGCUUUUUUUAAAAUCUAUAUACAGAAGUGUAUCGAGAUGUCAAUGUCGGGUGAUAACCAUGUGAUUUAUAUUCCACUAUUUUUGUAGAAAAGAGAAUAGGCACGUGCAAGUGUUGCCGCUAGUUUGUCCCGAUUUAAUUUGACCCAUGCAGUGUCUUCGACUUGUUGUCUAGGACUUUUUUUGUCUGCCAGUGGCUUCCAGUUUUAUAACAUUUUUUAAGCUGUGGACAAGUGUAUAAAACAACGAAGCAAAAAAUUUCAAACUCUGUGCGCUGAAGUGAUUGUUCCCUCCAGCACAUUUCUCUCUGGGAACGCUGAUUCCUCGAGGGUUGUUUUUUUUUUUUUUUUCCUUUUCCUUUUUCAGAUGUUGGCGUCUCAGUGGACAACCAGAGAUGGGAACAGCCAUAUUCACUCACCACACAGGGACCCGUCAAGACUCACGGACAUUCCUGCACAUGGGGGGGCGGGCAGGGGGGUGGGGGGCUUCGUUUGCUUUUAGCCUCCUAUGCUAAAAAAAAGAAAAAAUGAAAAAGAAAACGAACAGCUUGAACCAUCUCUUUAUGAAAGCUUUAAUUUGGGAGUUACACCACAACAUAUCGGACACGUUAGUGUUCCUUAAGCAUGGGAUUGCAAUACAGUAUGCUUAUUCUUGAAACCCUGAUGCACUCAUCCUUUCUUCCCCCACAUCAUCUCUUCACACACACACAGUAUGUUGUAGCAAACCCUUCCUUCCUUCCUUCCUUCCUUCCUUCCUUCCUUCCUUCCGCACAUUAUAGUUUUGAAUCAAAAGACUGUAUCGGGCGAACACAAUUUUGCAUCUUUUAAAUGCAAACCUAUUUCGCUCCAUCCGAGAAAAAAAAACGGAGACGCUCAUGUUUAAGCCUGAUUUCUAGAGGUAGACUGUUGCAUCCCGAGUGUUUCGAUCAUUGCCUUGCUUUUUAACUUUCUCAAAAAGGACGAGGCGAUGUGAGAAAAUCCGAGGGUUUGACUUUUUUUUUUUUUUUAUCAUGCAAAAUCACUUUGAUGACUAUGAGAGACUCGUGUGUGUGUGUGUGUGCGUGAGCGUGUGUGUUUGUGUGUGUGUGUGCGUUUAUGACUUCAGGUGAAGUGAUUGCCUUUUCCUGAAGUGUCCUGUUCGUCAGCGAGGAUUCCUGAGGUUAAAGGUCGAAGACGGAAAAAAAAAAAAAAAAAAAAAACGCGAAGCAACCAAGGGCUGUUUUAGCUUCAAAGAUAUAUCCUCCUAUCUUUCUGAGACAAAUCCUUGUGUCAGUGAAUAUGGCAUCAAAGGUUAAAGCCUGAUUACACAGCAAUAAAUGUUCUACGUGUGUGCCCUGUGUAAACGAUGUCAAUGUGAUUUUUAUCUCCUCAGAAUACAGCCGUAUUCACCACUCUCUGUUUUUUGCUUCUGCUUGUCUGAACUAACGACCCACCAGACGGCCGCCCUCUCCGCGGGCCGGUCCGCGGAACAAGGGGGGACGGGCUCUAAUUGGAACCAAGUGAACAAAUGAGGUUGUUGAACUCAGGUCGGGGGGUAAAAACCACUAGAGAACAUUUUUAAAGAUAGCUGUAAAGUUGUGCUCAGACUGAACACAAAGCAAACGUUUGUUUUUAUUUUUUUUGUUCGCACAAAUUCGCUCGAGAUGCUAAAAAAUGCAAACAACGUGCGUGUGAGCAGAGUGUGCCUUCGUACCGUAUGUGUUUACUGUAUCUUUUUCCUCCUUGAUCAACGGCAGAAGCACACUUUUUUUCCAACCUUUUCCGAUUCUGCUUUGUACGCAGUCCGAAAAAUGUUUUGCUUUGUCUUCGGCCUGAACACACCUUACGAGUGUACAAUUCACGUUUGUACAUAUCUUUGUAUUUUGAUCUGCAUGUGUGCAUUGCUGCCAGUGACCCUGAAUAUAUCGUUAGUAUGCAUUUCAUAAAAUUGUACAAAGUUGAAAGGGAAUGCCCCAGUGUUUUUGACUGCUGCUAAUGAAACCACUAAAAGUCAGUCACAGAGGAACAAAAUGAAAAAAAUGCUUUUUCUUCCAACAUGUGACGAUAUCAAAUAUUACAUCUGAUGUAAUAUUAAAAUGCGCUACAUCUUUAUAUCUGGUGGUUUUAUAAGUAUUUGACAUGACAGCGAGGGGAGAGGGGAGAGUCAGGAUAAUCAGGAAGUGUGCAGACCUGACACCGAUGGAGCAAAAUUACCAGACAGUGCAGGAGAUAGAGGUAGUAAGACGCCUCAGACUUCUUCAGACAGCUUGUCAUCAGCGGCUUUGCCAAGAGGGAGCACAUUAGUCAUGCACGCUGAACUCAGAGGUGUUGUUUACCUCACACCCUCAGCCAGCUAGCAAGCCAGACCCUCCGCCUCACCUCACCACUCAAAACCAGUCCUCCUUCCAGGCCCCUGUCCUUCAAAUGCCACUGCAGGGUGGAGGUUUGAAGGUUCGGGUUUGUGCACAUGUCUCCGAGGCCUUCAGUGCGCCCGUGCAUGCUAACGUGAGUGGAUAUCUGCGAGGUCUUUCGAGAAGUAAAUAAUAAAACUGGUUUGCAGAAAAGA